AUGUCUCUAGCAAUCAGAAAAAGAAGCUGGGAAGAGCAUGUGACUCAAUGGAUGGGCUUGCCUUUUGGUUCGAUUGAUUCUAAUAUAUUAUGCAGGCAUGGCCUAGUUGCUGACAACUUGCCGGCCAGUAUGGAAAAUGAUGGUGUCCGGAGCAGUGGCCAGAAAGAAACAAGUGCUUCCUUGCCAGAUUGCUGUCAUGGUGGAGAGCUGGUAGGUUUUCCCCUGAAGCUGCUGGGUAAUGUUUCCAAAGAGGUGGAUGAAAAUGACAACCAUCAAGAGGAAGAAGAUCUUCUCUCCCUGGAAGCCAGCACAGAAACUUUGGUCAGUGUUUCUGUUGGGGGUGAUGGUGAGGAUGGUGGUGGUGAAGGAGAGUUCAGUUUGGAGAGAGCCAACCACCACUCUGCUCAGGUUGAAGAGGAAUUGUCAGAUGGCAGUAGCAGAGUGGAAACAGCACAACCCUUCAGGGACACGGAAGCAGAGAAUGAACUGGAUCAUGCUUACCUGUCAUCUAGGAAAGCGAAUGAACCACAGUAUGAUACAGUUCCCCAAAUGGUGACAGUAGAGACCAGUCCUUGUGAUAGAAGGGGAGAAAGUUUAGAACUUUAUCGUGACAGCAGCUCCAGUGAAAAUGAUCUGGGGGAAAACUCAAGUCAGUCUCAGGAACAUAUUGUGUCUGAGGAGCAGGACCAAUAUAAUCGAGCAGCCUUAGCGACAGACUCCAAUGACUACCUUCUCCCACUGCCAGGCUCUCCUUUGCUACCAGAAGACAAUGAUUUGGAUGGCUUUGCAGAUUCUCAAGACAAACUCGUAACAAGUGUGCCCUUGGUGGAAGGUGGGACUGAUUUAAAGAACAGCAUGGCCACACGUGAGGCUACAGACAGUCAAGUCAUACUGCGCAAAAGAAAGGAAGCGAGAGAGGGUCGGGAUCAGUCACGACUGGACUCUAUGGUGCUGCUCAUUCUGAAACUGGACCAGCUGGAUCAGGAUAUUGAGAACGCUCUCAGUUCUGGGUCUUCGCCAUCCAGCACGCCGACACACCCCCGGAGGCACAUACAUAUUUUAUCACUAAAAUAA